UCGUGGCGGCUGGCCUUCGCCUCGGCACGCUCUCCCCCCUGCCGCCGCCACCCGCCGCCCGGCCGAAGCCGCCCGGUGGCACUUCAAGUAUGGUUAGCUUGAGGAGACGUCGGCUAUUGGGUCUUUGUUCGGGCAAAGAUUCAUUGCCAGUUGAUCUUCCUAAGCCUGUUGAGAAUGAAAAACAUUCGGAGGUUGCACACCCAAAUGUGAACCCGUUCAGUGUGCACCCACUGCCCUUGACCUGGAUUUCUGAUGUACUCCCAGAAUCCUCAAAUGGUUCUGACUCUUUGAAGGAUGAGAAAAACCAAUACUAUCCAGGCAAGGAGAUUAAGCGCAGAAAGCGACAUAGAAGAAAGCAGUAUGUGGACCAAGAGCCAUGCAUAAUGAGAGGGGUCUAUUUCAAAAACAUGAAAUGGCAAGCUGCUAUAAAAGUUGAUAAGAAACAAAUUCACUUGGGCACUGUUGGAACACAGGAUGAAGCAGCCCGGCUAUAUGAUAGGGCAGCUUUUAUGUGUGGAAGGGAGCCAAAUUUUGAACUUUCAGAGGAAGAGAAGAAAGAACUGGACACAUACACAUGGGAGGACUUCUUGGCGAUAACGCGAAACACCAUAACCAACAAAAAACAAAGAAAGGUUGGGUCGGUAAGGCGCAACAAGGCGGACUUAUUCAUAGGAGAUACUGAGAUGGUCAAUGGUGGUGGGUCUUCUCACUCUGAUGAUGGAGAUGUUGAGACAUCGGCUUCUUAGAUGGCCGCCGGCCAGAUCAUCACACCCAAAUGGGAGGGUCCGACAGAUUCGUUUACAUUUAGAUAUUCUUCCCUGUGAAUAAUUAAAGCCAUGUGCAUAAGGCCUUUGCAGUCUGAUAAAGGUAAAAGGUUAGAUAAUCAUGUCAUCUCAAAUAAAACCGGAGAUGUUCAAAUAUAGAAGCAAAUCCCGCUGAGCAAUCAUGUUUACCAGUUCCAGAAAUGUGUAUAUCUUGUCGAUAGGUUUACCUCAAAUUUACUCGGCAUGUAACUGGUUUACUUUAUGAAUGAUGAUCCCUAAAGAGUAGUUUCCAUUUGCGAUGC